CUUCGUCGCGCGCGAGCCAUGGCCGCGCCUCCGGGGCCGUGCGCCCUCGACGAGUUCUCGCUGAUCUACGCCCUCGUGGCGCCCGGCGCGCCGGCGGCGGCGGCGGCGCCCGCGUCGUCGAGCGCCGUGCCCGAGGCGCUCGUGGCCAAGUGCAAGGCCGCCGGCGAGGCCGUGGCGUCGCUGAAGAAGGGCGGCGGGUCCAAGGAGGACGUGGCCAAGGCCGUCGACGCCCUGCUGAAGCUGAAGCAGACGAUCACGAAGAUGGACCCGGACCACCCGCUGGCCAUCGUCGACAAGAAGAAGAAGAAGGCGGACGGUGCGGCGCCGGCGCCGGACGCGGCCGGCGGCGAGAAGAAGCUGAGCAAGAAGGAGCAGAAGCGGCUCGCGCGGGGCGACGAGCCGGCGACGAAGAAGGUCAAGGACCCGAACCGCUGGGCCGUGGACCCGGCCAAGGCCGCGGAGAAGGCCGCGAAGGCGAAGGCGAAGGCCGAGAAGGCCGCGCGGGCCGAGAAGGAGGACGCGGACGCGAUCGCGCCGCCGACGCCCGUCGGCGACCGCAAGAUCCUGGCCAAGGCCAUGGCCAAGACCUACAAGCCCGCGGACGUCGAGGGCGCCUGGCAGGAGUGGUGGGAGAAGAGCGGCUGGUACGGUUGCGACGAGGCGGCCGCCGCGAAGAAGCCCGACUCGGAGAAGUUCGUCAUCGUCAUCCCGCCGCCGAACGUCACGGGGUCCCUCCACCUGGGCCACGCCCUGACGGCGGCCAUCGAGGACUGCCUCACGCGCUGGCACCGCAUGCGCGGCCACGCGACGCUCUACGUCCCCGGCACGGACCACGCGGGCAUCGCGACGCAGUCGGUCGUCGAGAAGCAGCUCGCGAAGCAGAAUCCGCCCGUGAGCCGCCACGACCUCGGGCGCGACAAGUUCCUCGAGCAGGUCUGGGCCUGGAAGGGCGAGUACGGCGGCAAGAUCUGCAACCAGCUCCGGCGCCUGGGGUCGUCCGUCGACUGGAGCCGCGAGCGCUUCACCAUGGACGACCGCUGCGCCAAGGCCGUCACGGAGGCCUUCGUCCGCUUCCACGACGCGGGCAUCAUGUACCGCGCGUCGCGCCUCGUGAACUGGUCCUGCGCGCUCAAGUCCGCGAUCUCCGACUUGGAGGUCGACCACCUCGAACUCGCGGGCGGCGAGUACCGCGCGGUGCCCGGCCACGACCCGGCGAAGAAGUACCAGUUCGGCAUGUUCACGGAGUUCGCCUACGACGUGCUGGGCGCCGACGGGGAAACGACGGGCGAGCAGGUCGUCGUCGCGACGACGCGCCUCGAGACGAUGCUCGGCGACCGACGCGACGUCGCCGUCGCGGUGCACCCCGACGACGCGCGCUACGCGCACCUCGUGGGCAAGAAGCUCAGGCACCCCUUCUUCCCGGAGCGCGACGUCGUCGUCGUCGCCGACGGCGAGUUGGUGGACAUGGACAAGGGCACGGGCUGCGUCAAGGUCACGCCGGCGCACGACCCGAAGGACUACGAGUGCGGCAAGCGCCACGGCCUGCCCUUCAUGACCAUCUUCACGCUGGACGGCCGCGUCGUCGCCGAGGCGACGCCCUUCGCCACGUUCCCCGCGUGGGUCGCGGGUAGCGCCCGCUACGACGCGCGCGAGCUCUGCGAGAAGAAGCUCGACGAGCUCGGCCUGCUGCGCGGCAAGGAGACGCGCGCCAUGAAUCUGGCCGUGUGCUCGCGGUCCGGCGACAUCAUCGAGCCCCUCGUGCAGCCCCAGUGGUACGUCGACUGCUCGGGCCCGGCGAAGCGCGCGUGCGACGCCGUCCGCAACGGCGAGCUCCGCAUCCUCCCGAAGAUGCACGAGAAGACCUGGUUCCAGUGGCUCGAGAACAUCCGCCCCUGGUGCAUCUCGCGCCAGCUCUGGUGGGGCCACCGCAUCCCGGCCUGGUUCGCCUUUUACAAGGGCGAGGACCGGGGUUUGGUCGACAUGAACUCGGAGGCGAACAAGCCGCGGUGGAUCGUCGCGCGCGACGAGGCCGAGGCGCUGGCCAAGGCCAAGGCGACCCUCGGGCGGAGCGACGUCGAGCUCCAGCGCGACGAGGACGUGCUCGACACCUGGUUCUCGAGCGGCCUGUUCCCCUUCUCGGUCUUCGGGUGGCCGGACAAGACGCCGGAGCUCGACGCGUUCUACCCGACGCAGCUGCUCGAGACGGGCCUGGACAUCCUCUUCUUCUGGGUCGCGCGCAUGGUCAUGAUGGGUCUGCAGCUGACGGACAAGCUGCCGUUCACGGACGUCUAUUUGCACGCGAUGGUCCGCGACAAGGAGGGCCGGAAGAUGUCGAAGUCGCUCGGCAACGUCAUCGAUCCGCUCGAGGUCAUCGACGGCUGCGAGCUCGAGCAGCUCGUCGGCAAGCUCAAGGGGGGCAACCUCAAGGCCACGGAGGUCGCCAAGGCGACGAAGGCCUUCGAGGACGACUUCCCCGACGGCAUGCCGCGCUGCGGCACGGACGCGCUCCGCGUCGGGCUCCUCGCCUACACGGUCCAGGGCCGCGACAUCAACUUAGAUAUUAAGCGCGUCAUCGGCUACCGCUCCUUCUGCAACAAGCUCUGGAACGCCGUGCGCUUCAUGCUCGGCUGCUUCGACGGCUACGCGGCCGCGGAGACGAUCUGGGCGGACCUGGCCGCGGCCAGGGGGCGGCUCGCGGGCCGCGACAAGUUCGUGCUCUCGAAGCUCCACGGCAUGGUCGCGGCCGUCGACGCGCACCUCACGGGCUACUGCUUCGGCGACUGCGUCCAGGCCAUCUACGCCUUCUUCCUCAACGACCUCUGCGACGUCUACGUCGAGCUCGUGAAGCCCGUGGUCUACGGCGACGACAAAACGUCGGACCCGACGCUGGCCAAGAUGGCGCUCUGGUGCUGCCUCGACGCGGGCCUGCGCUGCCUCCACGUCAUGUGCCCCUUCGUCACGGAGGAGCUCUGGCAGCGCCUGCCGCGGAAAUUCGCGGUGUCGUCGAUCAUGGUCGCGCCGUACCCGCGGCCCGCGGACACGGCCGUCUUCGUCGACGCGGGCGCCGAGGCCGGCGUCGCCGUGCUGCUGGAGGCGACGUCGGCGGCGCGGUCCCUGCGGGCCCAGUACAACCUGGGCUCGAAGCCCGCGAAGUUCGUCGCGGCGUUUUCGGGCGACGCGACGCGCGCGGCGACGCUCGCCGCGUUCAAGUCGGACGUCGCGACGCUCGCGCGCGCGUCGGCCGUCGACGUCGUCGUCGACGCGGCGCCGCCGGCGGGCUGCGGCCAGAAGCUCGUCGACGAGAAGUUCGCGGUCUACGUCGACCUCAAGGGCCUCGUCGACGUGAAAGCGGAGAUCGCGAAGCUCGAGAAGGAGCUCAAGACCGUCGCGCCCCUCGUCGAGAAGCUCCGCGCCAAGCUCGCGGACCCCGUCUACGUCGCCAAGGCGCCGGCGAAGCAGCGGGCCAACGACGAGGCGAAGCUCGCGUCCUACGCCGAGAAGGUCGCCGCCGCCGAGGCGGGCAUCGCGUCCUGGUCGAAGAUGGGCGACGCGCCCGCGGCCGGCGGCGACGACGACGACGACUUCUGGGGCGACGACGACGACCAGACCGAGGAGGAGAAGGCCGCGGCCGCGAAGAAGCUCGAGGAGGCCAAGGCCAAGGCCAUGGCCAAGCUCGCGAAGAAGGAGGUCGCGCAGCGGUCGCUCUGCGCGCUCGAGAUCAAGCCCUGGGAGGCGGAGCAGGACCUCGAGGAGCUCUUCAAGAAGAUCAAGUCCACCUUCGUCCGCGAGGGCCUCAAGUGGUCCGAGGUCUGCAAGCUCGAGGACGUCGCCUUCGGCGUCAAGAAGAUCAUCUGCACGGCCGUCAUCAACCAGACCAUGUCCAUGGACGCCAUCAUCGAGGAGAUCACCGAGGAGGCGUUCCCCGACGAGGUCCAGUCCAUGACCAUGACGAGCAUGUCGCUCCUCUAGGCCGGCCUUAAAGCUCUCGAGAGCCCAAGCU